CUCCACACCUCACUACACCCAACAUCACUAACGCACCUCACCACACGUACAAACUCUCUCGAACUACCCCCCUUGUGCUCCCGCGGAUGCUCGAUACAACUUAACGCGACUCCACGCAGCUAUGGAUCCCCAGGCUCUGGCGACCUUGUUUGUGAAGACGGUGGUGCGCAUGUUCUACGAGACCGAGCACAUCGUAGUCAUCGAUGCACUGAUCUUCCACAGAGCGCUGUCGCUUGCCGACCUCGCUAUCGUUCUGGAUUACGGCAAACAACUGAAGACGGCCCAGAAACUCUGUGGCAAACUGCGGGAAGGAGGUCUGAUCUCAGUAUUCGUGCGCCCCGAAAUCCGCGAUGGAGCCAUGAAAGCGAUAAACCGAGAAUAUUACUACGUCGACUACCGCCGCGCCAUCGACGCUACCAAGUACCGGCUACACAUGUUGGACGAGCGGAUCAAGGCGAACGCGAAGCCUACACAAGAGAAGAAAGAGUUCUUCUGCCCGAACUGCAAGGCGCAGUGGACAGCGAUGGAUGUGCUCAGUAGCAUCGACUGGGACAACCAAGACAGCGGGUUCCUAUGCCUCACAUGCAAUAGGCCGCUCAGAGCGAUCAACACAACCUCCGAAGCGCUGGCGGAGAGCGACGACACUCCUGCGAAGUUCAACCGACAGUUCGCAUCGCUUCUGAAGCUCAUGCAAGAUAUCGAUGAAGUUACCAUUCCAGCUAUCGACGGCGAGCAGGCUGUCGAGAGUGCCAGAGAGCUACCUCGAGACAACGACAUCAACCCAGCUGCGAAGCACGAGCCUGUUCUACCCACAAAUACACGCCCGACAGCCGUCAAAGGACUUGCCACUGGCCCAGAAAAGAUCGAAAUCAACAUUGCCACCGACCAAGAGUAUACGGAGGUUCAACGCAUAGCAGAGCUCGCAAAGCUAGAACAGAUCUCCAAGCAGAACGAGCUUCCACAGUGGCAUAUCAAAUCCACUGUCGACGACAAGGAAUACUUCAGCAAAAAUGGAAAGGAUUCUGGCGGUCCGGUGAAUGGAACAAGCACGCCUUCCUUCAAGACAGAAGCUGAAGAGGAGGGCCGUAAGAACAAAGAUCCUGCGCUCGACGCGUACUUCGAGGCGCUGAAAGCUGAGCAGGAGCGCCAGGCAAAGGAAGCCGAGGAGGAGGAAGAGGAAGAGGACGAUGACGAUGAGUUCGAGGAUGUGGUCACCGCAGGCGUAGUUGACAUGCCGGAUCCUAAGCGGGCCAAAUUGUCGCCGCCGGUGCCUUCUCCGCCUCAGGUGAAGUUCGAAGCCUCGUCUCCAGCUGCCGCCCCGUCUCCGCAAGCUGGAGGAGGAUCCGAGUCGGAGGAAGACGAGUUCGAAGACGCGAUGUGAGGUCUCUAUUCCGUGCAUAUAGCGAUGGCGUUUGGUUAGCUAAGUUGGAGCAUUAUACCUUGGGUUUGGUCGUCAUGUCGCAUUUACAGGCGAAGAAAAUGGGCCAUCUCUGAUGGAUUUGGAGGCUCCCUGAUAAACUUUUGCAACUCUAGCUAGCUCUGCAAUAAGAAUCAACAGAUAGAACAC